UGUUCAUGGGCCCUUAUAAUAUUUUAUGGCGGAUAGCACUUACGCGGUCCCGUGAUCUGAAUUUGGUUCCGUUUGCCAGUGGGGUCGUGUCGCGUUGAGGGACUGUUCCUUUGUCCACCGCCGGAGGGCGUCAAAUCCAUCUCGCUUCCAUCUCCCAACUUCCACUCUACUUACGACCCACUCACGAAUACGACUGUACCAGUGCUACCCUAUCUGCUUCAUUAACUCUUGUACACAUAACGCGUCGAGGACUGACCCCACAUUGAUUGUGUGGCUACGAAACCCACCAUUGCCAAAGCAACAUGUCGCGAAGGGAGUCGUACGAGUCUGACAACACGACGAAAGGCCGGUCGAGGAAGCCGAGGUGUCAGUCUGCGUCGCAGAUUGCGCGCAAUGUCAAGAGCUUCGAGCUCUGGACGGUUCAUCAAGGCUGCGAAGAGGUUUCCUAUGAUGAUAUACCAGAAGACAUGGGUACCAUCGUGCACGGUGUUUUCAAUGUCGACGCCCGACUGCCCGAAGAGUGGCUCAGCACAUCUUCAGAGGAAUCCAAACUCAUAAAAAAAGCCCUUCCAGUCGAGUUUUCGGAUUUCAUUCGCAGGGCAAGGAAGGCAGUCCCAGCGCUGUUCGCCUCCCAAGUGGCAAAGGAGGAAAACAAGCAGCUGCUCUGCGAACUACAGGUCGUCCUCAGCGCAUGGAAACGUAUCAAGAAGAUGCGUGCAUCAAGCCGUAAGUGGUCAGAGGCGGACUACGCUGCCAAUGUCUACAAUGUCAUACGUAGUCCUGCGGUGCAGAAAGGCGACUAUCGGGCGCAGUGCUCGAUCACGCUACCGCAACCCUUGUCAAUCUCCAGUAUCAAGACGGAAGACCUGCGGAUCUUGAGCGCGAAGACGGCCUCGCCAGACGCCUCGAUCUUCGUACCGGCGCGCCUCGUCCGUCACCUCUCCUAUGGCUCGAAUUCGCCAUACAAGGUCCUGAAGUCGUUGUCCAAUGGCAAGAUGUCCUCCACCGGCAGCAUUGGCGGCGAGUCGUCUUUCCGGUACCAGACGACGCCGUGCACAAAGCUGCCGGAUGUGCAGGGCUUCGAGUUUGCCAGCACGUACUGGGAAGACAAGAAGCACCAGUACAUCGAGGACGCCCAUCGACAGAAUCGGAUGGCGACGGCGAGUGCCGUGCGGCAGCUACACGCAUUGCACAUCCGCGCGCCCAUCUUCGGGCUCGUGUGGGCCCAAGGAACGGUAAGGGCCCAUGUCGACUGGUGGGAGGUUGAUCCCAACACCGGUCAGCCGGUGAUCCGUUCUGCCGCAUAUGCAGGAACGAAUCCUAGCAACCGCAGGACGAGCGGGGUCUUCCACGAAUGGAACUUGGAGCAGCCUGCCGACAUUCUUCAGGUGUACCUACUCGUCAAGAACCUCGACCACUGGACCGUCAACGGCUUCCUUAACUGCGUCGUUGAAGAUGUUGCACAGCUUGUGGACGACGUCCAGCGGAAAGUGCACAAGCUGGCGCCCUGGAAGAGGAAGGGCGAUCUUGCCAAGAUCGUCGAGACGAACAAGAACGCGAAGGAUCUCAAGAGCACACCGCGACCGAGCUUCUCCAUUACGCCUUCGAGUUCGCCUCCAAAGCGCAGAUCAAAGAGGCGUGCUGCUCGUUCGAGCUAAACUAUGAUGUUCUGAGAAGCUCGUUUGUAUUAAUGUUGCUUUGCUCUCGCAUUUCUUGGAACGGACAUGGAAUGACUCAUAAUGAUCUAUGGAUGUGUAUGUAAUUGUCACGAACUAAUGCAAUGUUGCUUCAUAUGCGGAAAACAACGA